UGGCGCAACUGCAACUGUUAUAGUUCAGCUGUCAGAAGCCAAUGCCCCAGGAAAAUAUAAAACUGGAUAGAAAAAGCGGUCAUGGUGGUCAGUCAAACAAGGCACCUUUAUCACCAGGUCCAGUCCUGGAUAUAACUGACGAUGAGCUCGUUAGUAUAUCAGUCCGUGAUUUAAAUCCUCAGUUGAAGUUGCGUGGUCUUUCAAGGGAAGAUGUAGUGCGAAUGAAACAGCGCCGAAGAACCCUAAAAAACAGAGGAUAUGCAGCCAGCUGCCGCAUUAAACGUAUUGAACAAAAGGAUGAACUUGAAUCAGAGAAGACCCAAGAAUACAGAGAUAUGGAAGCAAUGCAAGAGGAGAAUCGUCGUAUGCGUGUUGAAGUAGAGCAGCUCCAUGUCAAAUACGAAGCUCUCAAGAAAUUUGCAGCAUUGAAGAAGAUUUGA